AUGGUCGGAAUCAACAUGAACACCGCCGGGUUUUUGGGCUCUCGCGCUGGAAAGGGACUCCUGAAUGGCGAUUCCAGAGUUUUCGGCAAUAUCUUCCCUAUGCCCUCUGCUGUGAUCGGAGCGGCUUUUGAUCCGUCGGGCGUUGUGCCCUCGUCUCGUCUUUUGUGGAAUCUGAAGAAGGGGUUUGUUUUUGAUGCUGUUUAUCGGGUUCCUGUUAUGAUGCUUGCGAAGGAUGGAGCUGUGUCUGUGUCUGUGUCUAUGAAUGGAGUUGAAGGUGAAGAUAAGGUUGACGAGGUUGAUAGCAUGGUCAACAAGAAGGUUGGCGUGAAGACCAACAAGGUUGAUAAGAAGGUUGAGAAGAUGGUCGAGAAAAUGAUCAACAAGAUGAUCGACAAGAAGGUCGGCAAGAUUAUCGAAGAUAAGGUCCAUGAGACGGUCAAAGACAUGGUCCACGAAAUGAUCGACAAGAAACUCGAGAAGAUCAUCAACAAGAAGGUCGGCAAGAAGAUCGACAAGGAGAUUAAGGACAUGGUCCACGAGAUGAUCGACAAGAUGAUCGAAGACAAGGUCAACAUGAUCGAGAAGAAGAUCGAAGACAAGGUCGAGCAGAAGAUCAACAAGAAGGUCGACGACAUGAUCGUUAAGAUGAUCGAAGACAAGGUCCAUGAGAUAAUCAAAGACGAGGUCAACAAGAAGAUCAACAAGGUCGAAGACAAGGUCAAGAAGAUCGAGAAGAUUCAAGAUAAGGUCGACAAGAAGCUCGACAAGAUGAUCAGCGAGGUCGAAGUCAAGGUCAACAAAAAGGUCGAUAACGUCGAGAAGAAGUUCGGCGUUUGGGAACACUCGAAAGUGUCUGGUUAUCGUACCGAAGUGGUUGAGCAUAUUAAAGCCAUCGAAAACAUUAAAGCGGUUGAGCAUAUCGGAGAGGAUGCGCAUAUCAAAGCCAUCGAAAACAUUGAAGCGGUUGAGCCUGUUGGAGUCAAACACAUCGAAGUUGCCGAACACAUUGAAGCACCUGUCGAGGUUGCCGAACACAUCGCAGUUGUUGAACAUAUCGAAUCGAAUGAGCAUGUCGAAGUCGUUGAACAUAUCGGAAUGGACGAGCAUGUCGGAGUUACCGGACACAUCGCAGUUGUUGAACAUGUCCAAGCCGCAGUUGCGUUGAUGGAGUCAGUCCUCCAGUCUGAAAGCUUGGGUGAUCCCCCUGUCAUGAAAAAUCUCGAAGUCGCUGUUCAUUUGAUGGAACAGGUUUGUGAACUUGCGAGUUCGGGCGACUUGGAUCUCUUGAAACCUAUUCAGGUUGUGAUCGAUCUGCUGGAGUCGAUCCAUAAGGCUGCAGGUUUGGAUCCUGUGCAUGUCGUGAAGCCUGUCAAGGUUGAGUCAGUAUGUGAGCCUGCAAGUUUGGUUCCCCCUGUCAAGGAAACUGUCAAGGGAAAUGCCAAGAAACAUGUCAAGGAGCAUGUCAAAGUCGCUGUCGAUCUAAUGAAGCUGGUGUGCGAAGCCGCGAUUUUGGGCGAUGAUGAUCUCUUGGUGCCUGUUCCAGUUGUGCUCGAUCUGAUGAAGUCGGUCGUCAAGCCUGCAGGUUCGGAUGGCGUGGAUGUCGUGGAGCCUGUUAAAGUUGAAUCAGUGGAUGAGUCUGCAUGUCUGGAUGAACCGCAUGUUCAAGCUGCUCUGGAGCCGAUUCGCAAGCCUACGAGCUUGGGUAAAUCGGAUGUCAUGAAACAUGUCAAAGUUGCUUUGCAGAAGCCAGCCCAGAGAUCAGCCGAAGAGAGCGCUUUUGGAAAGAAGGCAAGUGGAUCUGCAGAGUCGAGUCAUGUGAAGGUUAUGGAGUCCGUCAAACACACGACUUGGAAAGCAGAUGCUGAUGCGAAAAAGCCGUCGAUUAAGCACAACAAUAAAGAAGCGGCGGCAGCUAAGACUCCAGCCCCAACAAGCGGCAAAUUGACACACCGGUCUCUCGCCGAGAUCGAUAGAAUCACUGGAGUAGAACCGGGCAAACGCAAGAUUUCGCUUUACUCUUUCACAUCAUGGAACCACGGUCGCGAGCGCUAUCACGAAGAUUGGUCGGACGACGAACAUAUGGGCCAAAUCAACAAGUACAUCGAUGAGAAUGAGAGCGAGAUCUCAUCUCCUCCGCGGCUACAAGACUACGAGACGGACAGCGAGUGUGAUCCCAAAGCCCGGUACGCAGCGGCUGGGAUUGAUAUCAGUUGGGUGGGUUGGAGGGGGGAUUCCCCCCUCCAGAACAACGCCAGGCCCGCCCACCGGCCCAUCGCCUUCGACAUUCCGUCGGAGUACGACUCCUCGAGCAGACAAUGCUCGAGUAACUGGAGCCAUCGGCUCACCGAGCUGUCCUGGGACAGCAACAUCGACAGCCCCUUCAAGCCGAAGAGGGUCCGGGGCGGAGCGGACCCUCUUCGGCUUGAAGAAAGACGACCUUCGUUCGUCUUGAUGUAG